AUGGAAGUCGAUCGCAUUGAAGUUUUGAAGGAGGUUUUUGCUCAAAAUGUACAAGCGGCUUCACUCGGUUUCAAAAGACAACAUCAGAAGAGGGUAGGAAAAGGAAGACAUAAGUCUUGUAAACAAUUACUCUCAGAUGAACAGAAGCGUAUAAAUAAUGAGUGCUUAAAUAAUGGUAAAGUGCCGAAGGUCACCUAUUUUAAUGUUGAAGCUCCACCUUCAUUGAAGCCGGCCAAGAAGUACUGCGAUAUCACGGGAUUAAAGGCUAACUACAGGUCACCAACAAACAAUAUAAGGUAUCAUAACGCUGAAAUUUACCAACUGGUUGUAAAGCCCAUGGCAGCAGGUGUGGAUCAAGAGUACCUAAAACUUAGAGGUGCCAACUUUGUUCUUAAAUGA